CCUGACACAAAGGUAUUUGCAGGAAAUUUUUUAACUCUCAGUGUACGACCAGACUAUAAAUUGGCUACGCGUUUGUGAAAGUUUUUUCUUUUCAAAAUUCAUACAUCAUGGCAAACAUUGAAAAGAUUAAAUUCGAGCAGAACCAGCCCUUGCUGACUUAUAUCGAGCAACUCCUUGAAGACAAGUUUUCAAUUUCUUCCAGUGACAGAGUGCUUAAAGUCAUCGAGAUUGGGUGUGGCUCUGGUGAUUUCACUUUAAUUUUAAAAGACAAGUUUAAAGAUAAAGUGCAAGUUACUGCCAUCGACCCUUCUGAAACAGAUCUUGCUGCUGCAAAGGAAAAGAACGUUGAUGCAUCUGUCGAUUUCCAACAAUCCGACAUCUUCAAGUUUUCAUCCACAACACGAUACGACCUCGUCUUGUUUACAAAGUCGCUUCAUCACUGUAUCCCUGUUGACCAAGCUGUCAAAAAUGCGUACAAUUUACUUUCGGACGAUGGCAUCUUUUUGGCCGAAGAAAUUUAUUUGGAUCGCAUGCAAACAAAGGAUACGCGUUGGUUUUUUGAUCGUUUGGAUUUGCUUUUAAAAACCGAAUGUAUGACCUCGUUGGAAGAAGCUGCUGCCAAGAAUCAACCUUCGUAUAAACCUAUGGUUGCAAAAUUAUUGAACUCCAGCUUGCCCAUCGAGGAGCGCUGGUUCCGACCUCACCAUCAUCAUCAUCACGGUGAGCAUCACCAUGGCGAGCAUAAGCACAGCGAACAUAAGCAUGCUGAGCAUAAGCACGCUGAGCACAAGCAUGAACAACACAACCACGAAGAAGGACACACGCACCAACACCAUCCUCAUCAAGAACACAAAGAGCAUGGAGAACACGAAAAAAAGGAUUAUCUUUCUGAGAUCGUUGGUUCUUCUGCUGUGAUUGAUGCCAUUACUGCCCAAUUUGGUCAACAAAACAUCACAUUGACCAAAGUCCCUUACUUUUACCAAUUCCUUGCCUUUUGCGGGUAAGUUUUAAAUGAUCAGACCUUUGUUAUUCUCUAUCACUUCUAACUGUUUUCAUAUCUAUUUAGCUUGAAAAAUAUUCCUGUUUUACAAGAAUUCUACAAACAAGAAGUACGGGCCGUGGAAUCCGGUAUUAUUGCUCCUCUCGGUAUUCACAUUGUCAGUCAUAAAUAAAUUUAAAAGUGAUUUUUAUUA